CUGUGUCCCACCCUCUUCGUUGAGGACACAGGGAGCCUUUUUAGGGGGGAUGGGGGAGCACCCUUGGGUGCUCAGCGGAUGCUGGCAGCUGCCUCGCCCCAAACUUCCUCUGGAGCAAACACCCAACCCCAGAGCAGAGCUGUGAGCAGGAACUCAGAUGCAGCCAUGGCUGAGGGCAGGACUGGGGGACCUGGGCUCUUCGCCAAGCAAGUCCAGAAACACUUCAGCCGGGCACAGGAGAAGGUUUUGCAAAAAUUGGGCAAAACGGUGGAAACCAGAGAUGAGCAGUUUGAGCAAAGUGCCUCCAACUUCCAGCUGCAACAGAAUGAAGGCAAUAAACUCUACAAAGACCUCAAGGCUUUCCUGGGGGCAGUGAAAGUGAUGCACGAGAGCUCAAGGAAAAUGACUGAAACUCUGCAGGAGCUUUACAGCACAGAGUGGGAUGGUCACGAGGAGCUGCAAGACAUAGCAGCUAGCAAUGACCUCCUGUGGGAUGACUACGAGGCAAAGCUGACCGACCAAGCACUGAGGCUGAUGGAGAAUUACCUGGCUCAAUUCAGGGAUUUUAAGGAACGCAUCACCAAGAGGGGCCGUAAGCUGGUGGAUUACGACAGCGCCCGGCAUCACCUGGAAGCUCUGCAAAGUGCCAAGAAAAAGGACGAGGCAAAAAUCAUCAAGGCUGAGGAAGAGUUUAACAAAGCCCAAGUGGUGUUUGAAGAGCUGAAUAAGGAGCUUCGGGAGGAGCUGCCGGUUCUCUAUGGCAGCCGCAUUGCCUGCUACGUGACCAUUUUCCAGAACAUCUCCAACCUCCAGGAUGUUUUCUACAAGGAGAUGAGUAAGCUCAACCAUGACCUUUAUGAGGUGAUGAGCAAACUGGACAAGCAGCACUCCAGCAAAGUCUUUAUCAUUAAAGGCAUCCCCAGCAACAGGAGCUCCCUGGUCAUCUCCUUGCCUGUGAGCCCCCCAGCCACAUCCCCCUGCCCGGGGAAGGCUUCAGACUGGUCCCCCGUGGUGGAAGCAGACGUGACAGCAGGGCUGCCCAGCAGUGCCACCAACGCUGUGUCCCCUGGGGAGCUGGGGGCUGCCAUGCCCAGUGUGCCCCCAGCUUCACCCAGCAGUGAUGGGUCCUGGUCUGAGGAAGCUUCAGCCUCCAGCAAGGAGGCUCUGGACACCAGCACUGGCACUGGAGCUGUGUUCCAGGAGCAGGGAAUGUUGGAGCCAGGGAACCACUGCUCCAGGCUCAGCAGGAGCCAGGGCCAGCAGGUGAUGGGUGCUGAAGCCAUUGCCAUCUCCCUGGCCCCACUGAUUCUCUCCAAGGCGAUGGCCCAGGCCACCAGCACUGCACAACCUGGGCCAGAAAACACCUUGGGCAAGCUGGAGGCAAGUGAAGCCCCAGUUGCCCCAGGGGAUGCCCCUCAGCUGGAUGGCACAGAGCAUCCCAUGCAUCCUGGGGAGCCACUGUCCCCAAGCCAGGAUGUCCCCCGUGAUGUCCCUGGACCAGUGGCAGAGGCAGCAGUGUGUGUGUCCCAGGGCAGGGGACAGGAACCAUUCUGGCUCAGUGGGGCCACGGGUGAGCUGAGUGACCCCGAGAAGAUCGUGGCAGUGGAUGUCAAGCCAAAAGUGGCCAAAAUUCAGAUGGGGCUGGAGCUCACCUCAGAUGUGUCACCAAGCAGCUUCCUUGGGGACAGCAGCCCCCCCUCCAGCUCCACGGCCAAGGAGCAAAUCCGUGCUGGGAUGCUGGACCAGGACCCACCACCAGCAGCAACCUCCUCCCAGGACCCCAUUGAGACCCUCACCCCCCUCUGAGCUCCUCACCCAGCAUGGAAAAGAGGAAUUUUCUGGUUGCAGAUGAUGUUGUUUCACCCCCCCCCCCCAU